CCCGCAAACAUUUAAUCGAUAGGAAUAUCAAAUUACACUUGGGUUUUAUCGUCCACUCCAUGCUGGACUUCAUGUUUUCAUAGUAUGUCAAACCAACACGUAUGCACUGGCGAUACUCUGGAAAAACCCAAAUCGAAUGAGCGAGAGUCGGUCUUCACAUCUCUCCAUAAAUACAGUCAACAGUCGUGUAGUCAUCAGUCGUGUAGUCAACAGUCGUGUCUCAAAAUUAUACAGCCAAUAUAUCGUUAAAUAUCGUCUCACCGACGGCUAUACUGAAUUGAAAUGGCUGCGAUUCCGAUGAGGUCCAUCUUCAUUCACUUUUUGGCUUUAUUUGCCGUUUGUCGUAAUUGCCAAUCAGAGAAUCCUGGCGGGUGUUCUUCUUGGACAAAACUACAAAUCUCACCGGAUACUUUAAGUUCUAUGAAGUAUGGGAACUUUCUCAUUGAAAUUUAUGAACAUAUUAAUAAUCACAAGGCCACGACAACUGACAGCCAGAAAAAAUAUUUCUACUCUCCCAUUGCGCUGUUGGAUCACAAAAGUGCCAUUAGUACAUACAAUAGGGUAACGAAACAAUCGGAGAUGAGAUUCCGUGUGGAAAUGUGGAACGACAAAGUCGAAAAUGAAGUUGUCAGACAUUUAAACAAAAUCGCCAGUCAAGAAAUACAAUCCGAUAACGUGAGAGUCUUACCUUUCGAAAAGGUCAUUCUCGUCAGCAAAAGACCCACAGCAGAUUAUUCGAUAUCGCCGGAGUGGACGAAUUAUGACAAGACAAAAACCCUGUGGUUUCACCUGUCUUGUUAUGACCGGGAAGUCUGUGACGAACUGGCAGAUGAAAUGCGAUCUGAUCCAAAACAUUUUUACCACUUUAAUCUCCUCUACAGUUUGUCAUCGCAGAAGUCGCAAACCAAACAAACGACCAUCACCAUCGACAGCGUCACUUGCGGUCAAAUGGUCUCGACUCUUUUACAGAAAUUCAGAGACAAAAAAGAAGUUUUCCUGACGGUCAACGACGAGAAGAAAAUGUUGAUGGAAACGGCCACCAACAUCCGAAUGGACACAUUCGAUGACUCCGAGGUCGUGACUCCGGAGACGGAACUUCAAAUUUAUAAUAUUUUAAAGGAUUUGUUAGUCACUUCUAGGACGACCAUCAAAGAGCAAAGCGACAAGACGUGGGACUCUGUUUUCUGGAAUGAGGACAAUUACCGACCGGACAAAACGACGAAAACUUUGAAUGGAAUCAUUAAAAAACUGGACCCGGAAACUAAAAAAAAACUGGCGGAUUUGUUUCAAAAAGCGGAGGGGCAAUCAGAAAUGGUAGAAAAAACACAAGAAGCGGAUAAGGAACAAUACACCGCCCAGAAAUGGAACCUUAUUGCAAAGAAUAAUUCGAAUGCUGAACAAAAUAGAAACUUAGAAAAGAAGGAGAUUAUCCAACAUAAUUACGACUCAAGUAGUUGGGUUUACGUGGACAGAAUAAGUUUACAAAUUUCAAAGAAAAUAGCAAACGAUUCCGACAGUUCUCGCCAGGUAGAAGUUUUGAAAGACGACGUGUUAAUGUUAUUACAAGAAAGCAGAAAUCACGUCCAAUGGGACGGAGAUAAAUUCGUACCAAAACCCCUGCAACUGAGCAGAAUCAAUUUGGGCAAAUUUCGCGACUCUCAAUCCUUUCAGGAUCGCAAUGUCCGUGUCCGUUACACGAACGCUGAAUUGUCGGCGCCCCUUAAAUUUGUGGAACAUGCAGAAUUGACUGUCAUUAACGAAUGGGACAAUUUGAAGGAAGAACUCAAAGCCACUACUGAGCUCUUAAACACAACCGUGAACAACUUGUUAAAAACAAAUAUCGAAUUAAAAGUCGCUGAAGAAAAUCUAAAAAAAGAUUUGAGAGCAACUUUAAGUCAUUUGGAAACCACAAAAACUAAUUUGGCCUCAACGAGAACGGAAUUGGGCAGUACGAAUUCUGCCGUUGCGGAUUUAGCAACCAAAUUAAAUGCCCGAACGAGUGAAUUAGUUGACAUCGGUCAAAUGCCAACCUCCUGUGCAGAUCUGCAGCAAAUGGGACAAAAAGUCAACGGAUUCUUUUUGGUGAAAGGAUCGAAGAAGAUAGAAAUGGUUUACUGCAACUUUUAUCCUAAUAAAAAUAGGGAUAAAAACGAUUUGCAGAAAUGGAUCGGAAAUGCCGACGUCAAAUCAGCGUCCGUCCAUUUCUACGUUCAGAGAAAUUCUUCAUUCGACACACUCAACACCCCCAUUCCGUUCGAGUUGAUCCGAGUGAACGAGGGAAAUGCCUUUAAUUUGACGUCAGGGAUAUUCACGGCACCACGACCGGGGACUUAUUUCUUCUCGUUCACCGGACUGGCCAAGUUUCCAAAUUCAUCUUCAUCACAAAAUCGUGUUUUUUUAGGAGUUUAUCUUUACCUAAACGGGGGUCGAAUCGGGUUGAGUUGGGUUAAAGAGGGAAACACAGUAGACGAUCAAGACGAACAAGUCACUCUCCAGUCAAUGCUGAACUUGCAUGCAGUCAUGCAGCUCUUCCUAUUGUGA